AUGGGGAGCGCAAGAGGUUUCGACGUCGUUAAGGGUUACGUGGACACGGAUUACGGCCAGAUACACUUCCGCAGAUGCGGACAAGGCAUGCCGUCCGUGCUGCUCCUGCAUGCCGCCCCGCAAUCCUCCUCCAUGUUCUCAUCCGCGCUCAAGCGCUUUGCCGCCCGGGGGCUGCACGCCGUGGCCGUCGAUCUGCCCAACUGCGGCGAAUCCAGCCGUUCGUCCGUGGAGCUGACGAUCGCUGACGUGGCGGAGAUCGUGCUGCAGGCGAUCCAAGGGCUGAGAUUCACCCACACCAUCGACUUGAUCGGGCACCAAACGGGAGCGACUGUGGCGCUGCAAAUUGCCUCAGAUUUACCACAGGUGGUGCGGCGAGUGGUGCUGUGGGGCGUGCCCAUGCUGGGCUUCAUGGAGCAAGGGGACGUGCUGAGGGAGGAGCCUCCUGAUUACGAUGGGGACCUUGAAGGCACUGUGGCGACGUUUUUGGAGAAGAGAUACCCCUACCCCGUGCCCUGGCAACUCAAGGUACGCACACUGAUAGACAUGUUACAGACGUAUGAACGCCGCCCCUGGCUGACACGAGCCAUGGCAGUCGUCGACCACGCCGCCCUCCUGGGCACCCUCCCCAUGCCCGUGCUCUGCCUGGCCGGCGACGGCGAGCCGUAUCAGAAAGCAACAAUGAAGGCCGCCCUGCUGUGCAAGAACGGCAAGUACGUGAACCUCGGCUCGGCCGGCAGUGACGUCGUAGAUGAAAUCCCCGAUGAUUACGUCGCAGAGGUGCUUGGUUUCCUCUUGGAGCUGGAUGUAGAUGGGGGUGUGGGACCGGGGGGAGCGGGGGGAGGGUCGGGGAGAGUGGGGGGCGGAGUGGGGAGGGUUGGGGCGCUGGGGGGAGCGACGCAAGGGGAGAGGGCGAGUUGGUCGAUUCAGAGUGAGGUGGUGGCGCAGGAUGGGGGGAGGAAGAUGUCUGCUGCUGCUGGCGUGGGGGGGGGCGGGGGAGGAGGAGUGGGGGGGAAUCAAGCGCUAAGGCAAGGGUCGUUGCCGAGUAAUCUAGGGGGAGGAGCGGGAGGAGGGGUGGGAGGAGGGGGAGGGGGAGGAGGAGCAGGUGUGGAUGGCGGCCAGUCGCCGAGGGGGGAGGGGGAUGAGAGACAGUCUUCAAGUGAGAAGAAGCGAGGGCUGCUCAAGGGGAUGUUCCGAUGGAAGAGUGGGCUGCAGCAGCAGGGGUGA